AUGCCUUCAAAUCUUCCCUCGAGUUUCGCCUCAGCCGCCGCUGGCCAGAACCGCGAAGGACGAGGUGCCAACAGCGGAGAGUGGUCCAGGACCGGCCGACUCAACGGCACCCAGAUCUUCCGCAGAGCCUCCACCACCCCGAGCCAGUCCAUCAGCAGCCAGACGCCCUUGGCCGACCUGGUCCAGCCGCCAGCCACCAUGCUCGAACCCGCCCCCCGCAAAUACACCCGAGAACAGCUGCUCGCCAUCUUCGACUCGGUGCCUGCAACAGACGUAUCCUCCCUGUUCGUGCAAGGUUGGAACCCGGGUCAUGUCAACGGCAGCGCUACGGGGACCGCCACUCGCGGAUGGGGCAAGAACGUCGACACGCAUGUGCAACCCCAGGAGCCUGACCAGUGCUGGGAUCCCACGGCGUCGACGCGAGCCAGCAACCUGCGAGACCUGUCGCCCGACGAGAGGGAGCUGUUCUCGACCGACGUCAACUCGCCCGUCAAGCCUCCGCCCCAGAACAAGGACGGCAAUGCUCUGAACGGACGCAAGACCUCAGUCAGCCAGGGAGCUUCAAACAACUUCGGUCUGGCCUCGCCCUCGUCUGCCUCCAGACCUGGCACGCGGCGGCGCGAGACAACGGACACGAAUCCCUACUCGGGCGGCGGCGGCGGCCUCAUGUCGCCCACUGCCUCGCGCGGUGAUGGCGGCUCCUUCUGGCAGCGUAAGAACACCGAGGCCAAGGACUCCAUGUACGAGGAACCCGAGGAGGACACCAACCCGCGCGAGGCACCGGCCGGCCAAAACCCAUCCUUGCCCUUCGGCGGUCUGGUGCGCAACAAUACCUCCGGCGCGGGCGGCCUGGCUACUUCCUCGUCUCUGUGGGGCCAGCCCGCUCCCUCGCCAACCACGGCUUCUGGCUUGGGGAGCUUCGGUAACUUCGCUCUGCCUGCUUCUUCCGCCAUUGGCGACAAGCGUCCCGGGGGUGCGGGCGGCCAGUCCAGGCUCCAGCGACUGAUCCCCAAGGACAGCAGCGACAGCAUGGGUGCCCGCGGGAGCGAGCCAUCUUCUGCUGUCGAUCCCCGAGGUCCUUGGCGUUCCCGCCAACGCACCGACACUGACCCUUUCGCUGCCGAGGAGAACCUGUCUGGCAGCGCCGUCCUCGGCGGUGCUCAGGACACCAGCCCGCCGCCCAUGCCUCGUGGCUCCAUGUUCGACACGCCCGUCAAGGGAUCUGCCGCCGACUUCGGCAUGUCCGGACUCAACCUGGGCAGUCAAGCCGAGAAUGAACCUCUCAGCCCCUCCGAGACCAACCCAUACCGAAGCCCCCCUGGCGAGCGCGGCGAGAACGACGAGGCCGGCGAGAGGCUCCAUGGUCACGGCCAUGGCCUUGGUGCAGGUGGCUCUGAGCACCCGCCUGCGUUUGGCGGCGCGUUCCCCCGUGCUUUUGGCCAGAAUGCGUUUGACGGCAGUGACCGCAGUCAGACCUCCAGCGUGGGUGCCAACAAGCCGCAUCCUCACCUCAGCAACCUUACUGGCUGGCCCUCUUCCGCGACGCCUGACCGCGAGCGAAACCCUUUCGGCAACGCAUUUGGCAGCUCGCUGUUUGGCCCCAUGGGCGACCUCCAUUCCCCAAGUCUGGGCAACCUGGGCGGUGUGUUUGGUCCCUCCAGCACAACCGGCCUGCCUGGCUCGGGCUCCAUCAGUCGUGGGAGCAAGCUGGGCUCUCUGUUCCCGGCUGCUAUGCAGUCUCAGAUGCAGGGCCACGAUACCGAGAGCCUGACCGAUUCGGUCCCCGACCUGCGGCAGAUCAACCCCCUUGGUGCCAUUGGCCGAAAUGCCUUUGGCGACCAACAUCGUGAUACUGAGAGCCCGAUGCGGGCGGGCCGUGGGCCAUUCUCCGACAUGUUCGGUGGUGAUCCAUCGCAGUCUGCUGCCACCUCUGGGGCCCUAUCUAGUGGCAUUCCGGCCCUGUCGCAGGGGCAGGGUUUCCCCCAAAGCACCGGCACACCCUUCAGCGUGAACCAAUCCUCGGAACCACCCUCGACGCAGGCUCGUAGUAUGGUUAUGCCCGACCGCAUGCGCUGGGUCUACUUGGACCCCCAGGGGCAGCAGCAAGGCCCCUUUACUGGCCUCGAGAUGAACGACUGGUACAAGGGCAAUUUUUUCACCACUGACCUGCGGGUCAAGAGGGUGGAGGAUGCUGAGUUCGAGCCCUUGGGCCAGCUAAUCAGACGAAUUGGGAACUCUAGAGAACCUUUCCUUGUGCCCAUGAUGGGCAUCCCUCAUGGCCCUCCGUCUCAAUCUGGCCCCUUCUCGCCCAACCCCAGUGGCGUCGUUCAGCCGCCCCUGCUUGGGGCUUUCCCAAGCUUUGGCCGGACCCUGACGGCCCAGGAGCAGAACGAUCUCGAGCGCCGAAAGCAGGAAGAACAGUACCUGAUGGCUCAGCAACGGGAUAUUUUGUCCAACCAACCCCGACUGCCCAAGUUCCCGAUCCAAAGCCACCCAGGAUUACAUCACCACUCGAGUGCCCACAGCCUCCAGAGCCAGCCCAGUUUUGGAAGCAUCAACUCGCCCAUCACCAUGCCCCCUCAGGCCCCCAUUGGUUCCGUUGCUGGCAAUGCUUCUUUUUUGGGCGGGCCUCCCCAACAGCCGCACAUGGGUCCCGGGGGUGCUGGCCCUAGCCUCAGCGAUAUCUUCCGGGAGGAAGAGCUUGCCCGCCUUUCCGCCGAAGAGCGCCAAGUGGUAGCGAAUAUACAAGGGCCUGGUGCUAUUGGCUCUGCACCUCAGCCGCCCGUCGGCAGUGCCUCGUUGGAGUCCUUUCGAAGCCGGCUUCCUGGCACCCAGGAACUAGUUGAGGAUGAGGAGGGUUUUCGGGGCCGCCUGGAGGAAUUUGAACAACUCCGGGCCCAGCAUGAAGCCCACGCGGAACAGACUAGGGCAGCUCUGGAUCCCCAGUCCCCCGAGAUCAACUCUUCCGUCGCUAGUCCCUCUACCCAACCCGCGGAGGCCAAGGGAUCGGCGCACGAGGUUUUGACACAGAAGGACAACGGGCAUACUGCCCAGGAAGCAGAGCUGAUUUCUGCCAGCAGGCAGUUGGAACAGGCACAGGCCGCUGCCCAAAAGGCUGGCCUGCCCAUGCCGUUCCCCCCGCCUCAAUCUUCGACUCCUCUGCCCGCCCCUGCUCCGCAGCGUAUCAAGUCAAACCUGCCUGAGCAGUACGCCUCGAGUUCUCGAUCCGAGACCCCCGAGAUCACGCCUCUGUCUGCGGCUACGCAGCCGCCUCCGCUGGCGCCCUGGGCCAAGGACCCUUCAUCUGAGUCUCACCGCGGCCCGAGCUUGAAGGAGAUCCAGGAGGCCGAGGCCAAGAAGGCCGCCAAGAGAGAGGAGGCUCUCGCUGCUUCUCGUCGUGCCGCGGCAGAGCAAGAGGCCGCGCGUGAACGUGAGAAGGCUGCCACACUCGCCACGGGUUUACCCACAUCCAGUACUUGGGGUACAUCCUCUCCUGCAGCCGCCACCAGCCCAUGGGUCACCCCUACAGCCACCAAGGCUCCUGCCCCCGGCUUGACCGCCGCCUCUACAUCCGCGGCGGAUAAGAAGAAGACCCUGGCCGAUAUCCAGCGCGAAGAGGAAGCUCGCAAGAGCAAGGCAAGAGACGUCUCGGGACAGCCUAGCGCUGGGUCAAGCGCUGGCAAGCGCUACGCGGAUCUGGCCAGCAAGCCUAAUGCCACGCCGGUCGCAGGCGCAGUGGCAGGUCCGCCAGCGGCAGGUUGGGCCACAGUUGGGGCUGGUGGUAAAGUCAAGAUUCCCACUGGACCGGCCGCGCAGUCGCGCUCUGCCAGCUCAACCAACGUGAAACCCGUGGCCGCCGCUUCUCCCCCUGUUCGCCCGGUUAUCAAGUCCGCCAAUUCAUCGACAUCCCGCACCGAGGCCAUGGACGAGUUCAUCAAGUGGGUCCAGGGCCAACUGUCUCGUGGUGGCGUCGCCGAUGUUGAUGGAUAUACCGACCUCCUGAACAGUUUCCCUCUUGAUGUUAACACCAUCGCGGAUACCGUUUAUAGCAUUUCCAAGACCAUGCAUGGGCAGCAGUUCGGCACCGAGUAUGUUCGACGCAAGAAGCUUGCCGAGAAGGGCGUCGUUGAGAAGCGGGCUAGCGACUCGCCUGUCUCUGCCAACACCGGAGGCUGGAACGAGGUCGCUAAGAAGAAUCCCCACAAGGAGAAUGGCGACCCGGUCCCGUCGGGAUUCAAGGUGGUCCCUGCCCGCAAGAAGGGAGCCAAGAAAUAG